AUGUACCACUGCACACACCCCGGUCUGGCAGAAGGAAAUAUCCUCAUCAAGGCAUCAAGUUCUGAGGGACCCCAUCUCAGCCACUUUGGGUCUCCUUUGUGGAGAGAGAGUGUGGGCUAUAAUAAACAUGCAGUAAAAAUCAAUCUUCUCACCAGUUUGCACUGCCCCUUGUCCUCUUGGUGCCUCCGCAGAAAGUCCUCUGCCAGGGCCACAGCCUGGGAGCAGUGCUCGGGCCCCAUCCCUCGGACCCAGCCCUGGACUUCGGCAGGCAAGAUGGCCAGGAACUGCUCCAGCACCACCAGUUCCACCAUCUGCUCCUUGCUGUGCUUCUUGGGUCGCAGCCAGAGGCGGCACAGCUCCCAGAGCUUGUCAAUAUCUCUUAAAAAUAGUGCCCAGUUUAAAAGGGACUCUCCCAGGACCAGUUUCAGCCAAGCAUUGGCAGCAAGAAUAACAAUGGCAGAAGAAUACAAGGAUGCCACGUUUGGAAAUGUCCAGAGGGAUGCAGAGACACAGCAUGAAGUGAAAGUCGAGCCACAUGGUGUGAAGGUAGAGCCACAUGAUGUGAAAAUAGAGCCACAUGAUGUGAAGUUAGAGCCACAUGGUGUGAAGUUAGAGCCACAUGGUGUGAAGUUAGAGCUACAUGGUGUGAAGGUAGAGCCACAUGGUGUGAAGGUAGAGCCACAGGACCUGGUGGAACCUGAAGUGGAGAGGGAAGUAACAGCCCAAGCCCUUCCAGUCAUCCAUUUUGGGGGGUUUAAGGAAUCCUGGGAGGCGACUGAAGAAGUGAUAGAAGAUGGUGAAGAAGAACCGGAGGAAGCGAUAGAAGAUGCUGAAGAAGAACCAGAAGAAGCAUUAGAAGAAACUGAAGAAGAGCUGGCAGAAGGCUCUGGAACCCAGGGGCUGGCGUUUCAGAGAACUGAAGACACUCCUGACUCUGAUCAAGAAGAUGAGCAGCUGCUGAGACCAAGAUCGAGGGACGUCUCACAGGGCGAGUCCUCUCCCUAUGAAGAACCAUCAGAUGCCGAGCUGGAGCCUGGGCAAAGUGGAGAAACCCAACCGUUGUCCGAAACUGAAGGGGGCAUCCAGCAGCCGGCCAGCAUCCCUUUGCCCAAGGAGGAGGCAGAGUUCAUGGAAGUGGUGGAAGAAGAUGCUGCAGACGAAGGGGGUGCCACCCUAGACAUUGAGCGCCAGUGUUUCCGGCAGUUCUGUUACCAGGAUGCUGAGGGGCCCCGAGAGGUUUGUGGGAUGCUCUGGAAGCUUUGCCGGCGGUGGCUGCAGCCGGAGAAGAAGACAAAGGAGCAGAUCCUGGAGCUCGUGAUCUUGGAGCAGUUCCUGGCCAUCCUGCCCCGCGAAAUGCAGAGCUGGGUCCGGGAUGGACGCCCGGAGACGUGCUUUCAGGCCAUUGGCCUGGCUGAAGCUUUCCUGGCCAAGCAGCAAGGGAACACACCACGAGGCCGACAGGCUUUGUGGCCUUUCGGUGAUGCAUCGGCUGAUUCAUCCAAGAAGCUUAUGUUGGACUCCAUCAAUUGGCCACUUUUCAGAGGAAACAAGGAAGAAGUGGAAAGUCCCAACGUCACAUUGCUGGCAGGUGAUGGGAGGCCGUUUUGGAAGGAGAAGAACCUACCAGUAGAUGCUAGUGAUACUGAAACCCCCUGGAUGCUUCCAGAAGAAACAGUUUCCCAGAGUCCCGAAAACGAAGAAGGUUCUGAGAGCCAGAAAAAAGCUUGUCCCAGUAGCAAAAAAGCCGAAGCUGUUCAAUUUCAUCCUGCUUCAGUAGAGAAUCCAUUCACAUGCUGGGACUGCGGGGAGAGCUUCCCUGGCAUCGAUGUCCUGAUGGAACACCAAAGUAUCCACACAGGAGUGAAACCUUUUAAUUGCUCGGAGUGUGGGAAGAGCUUCAAUCGGCGAUCCUUUCUUGUGAGCCAUGAAAAAAUCCACGCACAGGAGAAGUCUAAGUGCGAUCAGAGUUUCAGCAAGAAAGCGGAGCUCAUGUCUCAGCAGAAGAAACACACCGGCCAGAAGCCCCAUCAGUGCAAACAAUGUGAGAAGAGCUUCAAUGAGUGGUCCAUCCUUGUGGCCCAUGAAAAAACCCACACGCAGGAGAGGAAGCCCUUUGCUUGCACCGAGUGCGGUCAGGGUUUCACUGAGAAAGCAGAGCUUGUGUCUCACCAGAAGAGACACAAAAGUCAGAAACCCCAUCAGUGCAAAGAAUGUGGGAAGAGCUUCAAUGUGCAGUCCUUUCUUGAGGCCCAUGAGAAAACCCAUCUGGAAGAGCAGAAGCUGUUUAAUUGCACUGAGUGCAAUCAGAGUUUCAGUAGGAGAGCAGGGCUCGUGUGCCACCAGAAGAUACAUACACAACCAAAGUCCCAUCAGUGCGAAGAAUGUGGCCAAAGCUUCCUCCAAAGGUAUGAUCUUGUUCGACAUACCAGAAUCCACACAGGUGAGAAGCCGCACAAAUGCCCCGACUGUGGAAAGGGCUUCCGGAAUAUGUCAGCUUUCCACGUUCACCGCCGGAUCCAUACGGAAGAGAAACCAUACGCUUGCUCAACCUGUGGCAAGGCUUUCCGUCACCGCACGAAUGUGAUCGUACAUGAGAGAAUCCACACAGGUGAGAAGCCAUACAAGUGUGAGGAUUGUACAAAGAGCUUUGGGGAUUCGUCAUCCCUCAGGAAGCACCAACGGUCCCACACGGGAGAGAGGCCGUAUGUCUGUCCCGAGUGCGGGAAGACCUUUUCGCAGAAUGCAGGCUUGGUGCAGCAUGAGAAGAUCCACACAGGGGAGAAGCCCUUCCAGUGUGCCCUCUGUCCCAAACGUUUCCGGGACAAAUCCGGAAUCGUCUCUCAUCAGAGAACCCACACGAAGGAAACGCCCUACCAGUGCAUGAUCUGUUUCAAAAGCUUUGGCCACCGCUCCAACCUCAUUAAACAUGAAAGAACCCACUCUUCAAUGAAAAGUUUCAAGCUCUCAUGUGAUGGGAGGUCGUUUUGGAAGGAGAAGAGUCUGCCAGUAAAUUCUGUUGGGUUUGAAGUCCCUUGGAUGCUACCAGGAAAACUAAAAGAGUCGGUCUUCCAGAAUCCCAACAAAGGCGAAGCUUCCGAGAGUCAGCCAAAACCUUGUCCCAGUAGCAAAGGAGUUGAAACCAUUCGUUUUCAUCCAGCUUCAGUGGAGAAUCCAUACACAUGCUGGGAUUGCGGGGAGGCCUUCACCGGCAUCGAUGCCCUAGUGGCACACCAGAGCACCCACACAGGAGUGAAACCUUUUAAUUGCUCAGAGUGUGGGAAGAGCUUCAUUCAGAGAUCUCUUCUUGUGGCGCACGAAAAAACCCACACGCAGGAUAAGCCCUUUGUUUGCGCCGAGUGUGGUCAGAGUUUCAGCAAGAAAGCGGGGCUCGUGUCCCACCAGAAGAUACACACAGGAGAGAAGCCCCAUCAGUGCCAAGAGUGUGGGCAAAGCUUCCUCCACAGGUACGAUCUCGUUCGGCAUCUGAGAAUCCACACUGGCGAGAAGCCACACAAAUGUCCCGACUGCGGGAGGGGCUUCCGGAACAUGUCGGCUUUCCACGUUCACCGCCGGAUCCACACAGAAGAGCGGCCGUACCCCUGCUCGGCUUGCGGGAAGACUUUCCGUCACCGCACUAACCUGAUCGUACAUGAGAGAAUCCACACAGGUGAGAAGCCAUACAAAUGCGAGGACUGUACCAAGAGUUUUAGCGACACAUCGUCCCUACGGAAGCACCGGCGGUCCCACACAGGAGAGAGGCCGUACGUCUGCCCCGAGUGUGGGAAGACCUUUUCGCAGAACGCCGGCCUGGUUCAGCACAAGAAGAUCCACACAGGAGAGAAGCCCUUCCAAUGUGCCUUCUGUCCCAAGAGCUUCCGGGGCAAAUCUGCCAUCGUUGCCCACCUGAGGACCCACACAAAGGAGACGCCGUACGAGUGCCGGAUCUGCCAAAAAUGCUUCGGCCACCGCUCCAACCUCAUCAAACAUGAAAGAAUCCACUCUAAGCCGAAGAACUUCAAGCGCGCAUAAUGUAGUCAAGGCAUGGCUUGGAAAUCGAAUUAUCCUUGUGCAUGGGAAUGAAAUUAAUGAAAGAGAAAAGAGAAAUAUGCUUCUUAUUCCACUUUAACAGAACCAAGCAGUUCUGUUCUCCCACCGAUGAGAUGAACUAUCCACUAUUAUUGCUCCUGAUUAGUUUCACAGUGGUAAGACCACAUUUAUUCAUAGCUGAAAGAAACUGUAUACUCUGCCGUAGUUCCAUUGGAAGGUGUGUCGAUCAUAUGAAGACCAAUAUGACCAAGCAUCUUGUUAUAACAUUUUUGCCCUCUUCACUCUUUAUAUUCUUCUUAUUCCAUUAGAUUUUUUAAAAAAACUUCUCUUUGUGUUGUAAGUGAAUCAGCUUAGGGAAUUGCACCCAACGCAUCAUGUCUGAAUGCAAAUAAUUCAAUGUGAUCAUUUUGUUUAAGUUUAUGACUGAUAAAGGCUGACCCUAUGUUGGUGAUCAACAUACACAAGACUCUUUAAAAAAAAACCGUCAGGAUGAUUUUGCUUCUUAGUAUGGUGGGACGUUUGCCAUCUUGGAUUCUCCGUUAUGAAAAACACAGCGCCCACAUUGCCUUUGAGGUGGACUUCAGUUGAUGUUCACCUGCCACGGAACUAUAUCCUAUUUUGAUAUGUGGUUGCUGACGUUUGUAUGGGCAUAUCUUGAGAAGGGGGUAACUGGCCAUGGGGCAGGCAAGCGUAGCUUCCUAUGGCACCGGGAAAGGAGACAGCGGGGUUUAACAUGAUGAGGGCUACUCCCGAAAUCUGGUGUAGCCUUGCAUAGCUCUUGUCUUGGCAGGGAUGAGUAUCUAUCACCUUUUUGUGCUUGAGAUGAACACUUGAGUGGUCAGAUGCCUUCCAUCUUCCAAACCCCCCUUCCUCUUCGCACUUACCACAAAAUAAUGUGGGGUUUUUUUGUUAUUUUUCUUUUACUUUUUUGCCUUCUGCUUCAUAUUCUUGGAGACCUAUGCCUUAGGAUGUAAGUUAAGGAACUUACCUAAUAGUCACUCUGUAUCAAUUAUGUACAAGCAACUUUUUCAUUUAUAUAUUGUACUUUUUUUGCUUUAUUUCUCUUUCCUCCAAGUUUAAUAAAAUCUUUCUAAAUUGGA